UUAUCUCCCUCAACAACCACAUUUUUCUCUUCCCGUACGAUGUUAUUAGCUGGUUUCGGAAGCGGUCCCAAACUCCCAAACACUUUUUUCAAACCCUUGUCAGUCGGCGGCAUCUACACCCUUCCUUUCUUUCUCAUAACAACAAUAAUCCUUUCCAAAAAUAUCAUUCAUUCACUUUACCUAAUUUCUCCUCCGUAUCCGUCAAAUCCCUAAAAUUUCCCUCCAAUUUAUUCGUUUAUGGAGAAACUUGACGCUCCGCCGCUUAAUUGUCUUCUUUAAUCAGGCUGUCUUUAAGAGGUGUUGUCAUUGGAGGUAGUACUACAUUUGUUAGACACAAUGGGUAGCGCGUUUAAUCCACAAAUUUUGGUGGAGAAGCUGACUAAGCUCAACAAUUCACAGCAAAGCAUUGAGACUCUGUCACAUUGGUGUAUAUUUCAUAUGAACAAGGCAAAACAAGUUGUGGAAACAUGGGCUAGACAAUUUCAUAGCUCUCCACGUGAUCAACGCCUGGCUUUUCUGUAUCUUGCAAAUGAUAUUUUACAAAAUAGCAGGAAAAAAGGUUCUGAAUUUGUUGGUGAAUUCUGGAAGGUUCUUCCAGACGCACUCCGUGAUGUCAUCGACAAUGGGGAUGAAUUUGGAAGAAAUUCUGCUUUACGCCUCGUCACUAUUUUGGAUGAAAGAAAGGUUUUUGGUUCACGAGGGCAAGUUCUUAAGGAAGAGCUUGUCAAAAGGCAUAUGGAAACUAGUAAUAGGAAUGGGAAGCAUUCAGGGUUAAAAUUGAAACAGCCAGCUGGCAAUGCAGUGGACAAAAUAGUUUCAGGGUAUAAAGUUAUAUAUGGUAGUCAGGUCAAUGAAGAUGCAGUCUUCAGCAAAUGCAAAAAUGCCAUUACUUGUGUUGAAAAAGUGGAAAAGGAAAUUGGUGGGGAUAUUAGAUCUGUAAAUGGGACAGGUGUCACAGAUGAGCUCAAGGGGCAGCAUGCUACAUUGAGGGAUUGUAUUGAGCAACUUACAGUUAUUGAAUCAUCAAGAACAAAUCUUGUGUCUUAUUUGAGGGAAGCUCUUCAAGAUCAGGAAAUGAAGCUGGACAAAGUCCGAAGUCAGCUUCAGGCUGCACAUUCUCAAGCAGAAAAAGCUGAUAAUUAUUGUAGGCAAUUGCUUAACCCUAAUGGCAGACAACCGCCACCUGUUCCGGUGACCGGAGAACAGUCUGCUCCGGUGAUGUACACACAACAACCACCUUUCACCGACCAAUCCGAGGACACCAAAUCUGCCGCCGCUGCAGUGGCGGCAAAGCUCACGGCAUCAACAUCAUCCGCCGAGAUGCUGACUUACGUCCUCUCGUCCCUGGCUUCCGAGGGCGUUAUUGGAAAUUCACCCUCAAAUGACUACCCUUUGCAAAAGAGAACCAAGAUAAAUAACGGUGAACCACCAGCUCCACCAUUCCAGUAUCCAGACCAACAACCGCCUCCACCAUCAUCUCCGCCACCUCCACCGCCAAUGCCGCCAAUGCAGCCAUAUCCAGCUCCGGUGUACAUGGUGUCAGCUGGGACAGUAACAUAUGGCCAUACCAUGAACCAACCGCCACCGCCACCACCACAACCUAUGGCUGGGCCGCUAGUGAAUGGUGUUUCUUUGUAUACACCGGGAAUUGUUCCAGAUGGUUACCAGAAUUAUCAAAUGGAAGGUGGGUUUUAUAGCCAACAAUCAGCCAUGUCAAUGGCACCUAUGUCUAGGCAGUAGAACUAUAAGUCUGUAGAUGAAAUUGAGAGUUUUUUGCACAUUAUUUAGAGAUGUCGUUAAUGUUUAAUUUAACUAUUUAAGUAAAGUAGACGAGAGAGUUGAAUCGGUUGUAUUUGAGUGUUUGUGUAUGGAGUUUUUGUUUUUUAGUUUUUAUUAGAUGUAUGAAGCUAGAUUUGCUGUGAUUCUUGUUAA